AUGACGAAAGUGAAAGGUUUAUUACCCCGUAAGGCCUUUCCUCUAGCUCAGAAUCAGCUCCAUCCUCUUGAGGAGAUUCACAUCAGGAAGCUUGCCUCUGGAGCUUUGCUUUUCAUCAACACAAAGCUGCUGAUACUUCUGAUCUGCGGACAACAAUCAGAUCUUUUGCACCCAAUAAAACAUAAGAAUAAUGAGACAGCUGUUUGGGGAGAAAAUGUUACUAUUUUCUGCAAUUGGACAACUAAGGCAGAUGUUGUGCAAAUUACAUGGCAGAAGAUCCAAGACGCUUCGUUACAAAACAUUGGUACUUAUAGCAGUACAUUCGGAGAAAAGAUUCUUCCACCCUAUGUCAACAGGCUGCAGUGUAAGAUCAUCAAACCCAAUUCUUCCUUCAUAACUAUCCAGAAAGUGACCUUCGAUGAUGAAGCCUGCUACAAGUGUCUGCUUAAUGUAUUUCCAUACGGAAGCCUUGGAGGAAACACCUGCCUUAAUAUUUUAACUGUAUCUGAAUUAACUACUGAAGUAGAAUUCCAUCCUGGCUCUGAAGAGUUUCUUAGUUUUAUCUAUUCAGCUGUGGGAAAGCCUGCACCUCAAAUUUCUCUUUUCCCCUCACAAGUCCUAAUGAACUCAUCAAAAGAAUACUUGUCUCAAAACCAGAAUGGCACAGUAACUGUCACCAAAAUGUUCACCAUUUCUUUGGGGAUGGCGAGGUUCUUGGGAAUUCAGCACCUCAUUGUGCUCACGAAUCACCCUCUCGGGAACAAGGAGAGAAUUAUUUCCCUGCCAGAAAAGCAAGAAUGUUCUUCUCUUUGGAUAGUUGUGAUUGUACUCAUCAUUUUUACAUGCGUUUUAUUUAUCAUCUUCAUCAUUCUCUGUGUUGUUCAAAGAAAGAAAAAGUCAGAGAUCACCAGUGAAGAAGCAUCAUUCCCUUUGAAUGAGUCCUUGGCAUCUGAAGCACCGUUUCAUACCAAUUUAAGAGUGUUGCUUCUAGCUGUGUGA